AUGUGUGUCGUUCUUCAGUGUAGCUGGGAGCCAGCCUGCAAGCACGCUAAGCGUUGCCUGAUCUGCUUGAGUAAAACAUGCUUUGAAGCAUCUGGCUUGACAUCCGUGAAGGCAAAUAAUGGAGCUGAAAGGCGGUCACAAUCUGUUACAGCAGUCCCCGUGCCUCUCAGCCGGCGGGAAGGAAAUGGCCAGAAGAGGAUCAAGGAGAAUAAAGAGGUCCUGGUCACAGGUCUUUUAAACUUGCCUUUACUUCUUCCUUUGUCAGGUGGCUUUAAAAAGGACCAGUUACAGCCCGCUCAGCCUAGCCUAAGGCGUGAGGUGAACGGUCACGAUGAGGAUGGAAAUGAGCUACAGACGACACCAGAGUUCAGAGCCCAUGUUGCGAAGAAACUGGGAGCAAUGCUAGACAGUUUCAUCACUGUCCUGAAGGACUCGUCAGGACCUUCACAAACCUCUGUGCAACAGUCUGACCCUGCGGAUGAUGGUUUUCGCCUCUUCUCUUCCUCUGUCCCAGGAGACUCUGGGAAAUCGGAGCCUUGCCCUGCAGCAAGGAGGAGACAGCCAUCUAGCUCCAGUGACAUGGAUAGUGACCAAGAGUGGCAAAGAUACCAGGAGGCUGCUGUGUCAGCCACAGACAUUCUGAAGCAAAGUGCUUUUCCUGCACUGUCUCAGGAUUCCAGCCGGGAUCAGAGUCAGGGUUAUGUAGAGCACAGCCAGAAAAAAAAGAAGAAAAAGAAAAUCAGGAGAGAGAACAAUAUUCAAGAGAAAAUAAUAGACUCGGCAGAGUGUGACCAGAUCAGCAAAGAUUUGCCACGGUUGGUGUCUGCAAAUGCACAACGUGAGAGACAGGACAGCAAUCAUACAGAGAGCUCGGUGUUGCCAGGAGUUGUGAAGAAGAAAAAGAAGAAGAAAAAAAGAGAAUGA